AUGAAGUCGCUUGAACUCCUCGACUCCCCGCUAGUUGCGACCCAUAAGCCUAAGGAAGACGAUCUCUCACAUAUACUCAGCCCUGUGAGGAAGCAUGUCGCCAUCGUUGCGAGUACGCGAAGUGCCAUCACAGCAACCUACAACUACGCAGAGACCUACCAAAGGCUGUUCACAGCACUACGCGUCGAACCCGUAACAGCCCCUGCUAUGCUUACGCCCUUUCUUACCGCUAUGGGCUUCCGUGUUGAAGAAGGGGUAUCAACUGCUGGCGAAGCCGACGCUACCGCCAUCGCAGUCGAUGCUGCAGCAAUCGCAGUUGACGCCGCAGCAAUCGCAGAGAUCAAUGUCGUCUGGAACGAAGCCAUCCGUGCCUCCCAUCGAUGGGCGUCUACAUUUCCGAUGCCACCUGCGAGCUCAAUCACCUACCCUAUCGACUUUACCGACAGAGAGAAGUCUUUGUUGAAGAGCUACGCAGCCGUAUUCUUGAACAAGAACAAACACUUUAGUAGCGCUGAUGCGACAAGAGCAGAAGUGGACACUGCCUGUGAUUUGAUACUGAAAGAUUGGCCGAUGAAGAAGGGAAAAAUCCGCGUAUUGCCCGGGUAG